GAGGCGUGGCUUAAGGCUGAUCAAAGGCACAGGUAGAAGAGGAAUAUAUAUGUAUAGAUGCAUUGAUGUUAACGAGCAUGAGAGUGUUUGACAAUGAUGGUGUUCAGGACGUUGUGUUUGGUGUUCCUAGUCCUUGCCAAAGGAUGCCUCGCACAGCUGGAUGUCUGUGGCAAGGCUACUCUGAACACCAAGAUAGUAGGAGGACAGAAUGCUAAUUUAGGGUCCUGGCCUUGGCAAGUCAGCCUGCAAGUCCAAGGAUUCCAUUUCUGCGGUGGUUCCCUCAUCAAUAACGGCUGGGUCCUCUCGGCAGCUCAUUGCUUUGGAAGUUACAAAGCCCCCCAAGUGACUGUGGUGCUGGGGUUGUAUAAUCUAUCCGGAAACAACCCUAACAAGGUGUCGCGGUCCCUCACUGCAGCCAUAAUAAAUCCAAACUACAAUUCACAAACGAAUGACAACGACCUCUCUCUACUGCAACUGUCUUCUCUUGUAACGUUCAAUGAUUAUAUCACUCCUGUCUGCCUGGCUGCACCGGGGAGCACUUUUUUCACCAACACCAUGACAUGGGUCACUGGCUGGGGAAAUAUCGGCAAUGCGGUAACUCUACCUUCUCCUGGGACACUGCAGGAGGUUCAAGUCCCAAUUGUUGGAAACAGGAAGUGUAACUGUUUAUAUGGUAUUGGAACGAUCACCAGCAACAUGCUGUGCGCUGGGUUGUUGCAAGGGGGCAAGGACUCGUGUCAGGGCGACUCUGGAGGUCCACUUGUCAUCAAACAGGGCUCUCAGUGGAUCCAGGCCGGCAUUGUGAGCUUUGGUGAAAAAUGUGCUGCCCCAAAUUUCCCUGGUGUGUAUGCGAGUGUUUCUCAGUAUAAGAAUUGGAUUGAUCAAGUAAUCACCACAGAUCAGCCGGGCUUCAUCCAAUUUACAUCCAGUGGCAGUAAUAGUGAUCUGCAGGUGACCUGCAAUAACCUCCCACCUUAUACGACACCUGCUCCCACUACUGCAGCACCUGUGGUGUGUGGAAGCGCCAAGCUCAAUAAUCUUACAGGAACAGGCAGCUCUUUGGCGUCAGCGGGUACGUGGCCGUGGAUAGCCAGCCUGCAGCUUAACGGUACUCAUGUUUGUGGUGGAACACUGAUAUCCCAGCAGUUUGUCGUAAGCUCAGCUGAUUGCUUCUCUAGCUCGACCAAACCCUCUGACUGGACUGUAAAACUGGGUCGGCUCAAUCAGAACGGCUCCAACCCCAACGAGGUCUCUGUCACUGUGACUAAUAUCACGUUCAGCCAAGGUGACAGCAAUGACAUAGCAGUGCUGCAGUUGUCUUCCAUGCCUACGCUUUCCAACUACAUCCAGCCCAUAUGCGUGGACCAGGGUAAUAACAACUUCAGUGUUGGUACUCAGUGCUGGGCAGCUGGCUGGGGCACAGGAGGAGGAGCUCAACAAACACUUCAGCAGUUCAGCACUGUUAUAGUGAACUGUGGAAAUACGUCUUCAUCAAACAGCAUCUGCACAGAAGCCCUACCGAUAGAACAGACUACAAAAGGAGGAUCUCUAAUGUGUAAGAUUGGGCAGUCAUGGAUCCAGGCUGCAGUUUUAACUCUCGCCAGCAACAGCUCAAACAGCACCAAUAAUUCUACCAAUGACUCCACCAAUGUUGCCAGUUCAAACAGCACUAUCUCCACUAAAAGCUUGCCAGAUGUGUUAAUUCUUAAAAAAGACAUACAGACCUUCACUAAGAUAAACACUUUCAUAAGUUUCUUGAAGUCUACAGUGGAUUCCUUCCCUCCUGCUGUGGCAAAUUCUUCUUCUUCUUCUUCUUCUUCUUCUUCCUCCACUUCAGGUUGUCAAGCUUUGUCAUCCCUUUCAGUUGCCUCAGUCUUUCUAAGUCUUCUUGCACUCAUACAAUCUUUUGUUUUAUAACAAACACCUCUAAUAAGCCAAUAUAAGGAAUCAGGAAAAUUACACUAUAUCUAAGGAAAUGUAUACUAUAUCUCUAUUGAUUUAUCUUUUCCUAGACACCUAGGAUACCUAGACACCUCUGAAUAUAAGGAACAAUGUUGCAGGCUUCCUAUUUUGAAGCUAAAAUUCUUACACAAAUUUUUUUUUCCAUGAUAUUUUUAAAAUUUUUGCACUUUUUACCUGCCUGGUUUGAUACAGGAAGCUCAGUUCAAUUCAAUUUUAUUUGUAUAGCACUUUUUACAAUGGACAUUGUCUCAAAGCAGCUUUACAGAAACAUAUAAACACAGUAUACAGAUUUUAAGUGUGUGAAUUUAUCCCAAUUGAGCGAGCCGAUGGCGACGGUGGCAAGGAAAAACUCCCUAAGCUGUUAAGAGGAAGAAACCUUGAGAGGAACCAGACUCAGAAGGGAACCCAUCCUCAUCUGGGCAACAACGGAUAGCGUGAAAUGGGGUUAAACAUCUAAAUCAUCUAAAGACCAUGUCAUUAGCUAAAUAUCCCAUUCCUCAUGACUUUCUUGUUACAGAUGCAUGUACAUAUGAGUUUUGGAUAUGUAGGCUGAAUUCUAUAUCAAUAGAUCAGUCAUAGUUCCUGCCUCAAGUCACUUUGAAUAAAAGCAUCAGGCAAAUGUAGCACAUUAUAUUUUAUUUUCAAUAUCACGUAUAAUACUGGAAACAUACAGUGAUAUACUGUAAAAAAUACAGUAAGUUUCCUGUAAAGUUACAGUACUUUAUGGUAAAUAUUUUUCAAAAUGAUUUACUGUGAAAUCAGAGAAAUAUUUUUUGUUACUUCACUAUGUCCAUCUUAUAUAAUAUAUUAUUACUUUAUUUACCCAGCUAAAUGACUUGAAAGUGAUUGUGAACCUGUAAAAAUAAAUAAAUAAAUAAAUAAAUAAAUAAGGAGGAGAACCCUAAGAACCUGGGUUUCAGCUUCUGCACUAGACAGCAGACAUUUUAGGGUUAGGAGUUGUUGAAUAAUAGUAAGGAGUUGAAGAGGAGGUUGUCAGCACAGAAUCUUCACCUCUAGUGGAGAAAGUGGUAAAGAUUUAUCAAACAUUAAGAAGAUGGAGCUUCAAGCAAGAUCUUUCUCCUGAAACUCACUAAUGUGAAAUAUCCGUACUGUAAAACCAAUAAUGAGCUGCGUAAAAAGAUUGUAAGACGGGGUUGUUUUUUCUGGUAAUUCCUACUAAAUUAACUUUGCUCAUAUUCUUUUUUUCAAAAAUCUUCUUAUUUUUGUGUUUACUGUUUUUAUUUUUAAUAGUGAAAUUACACAUUGUACGGACUGAGUACAUUUUAAAUGCAACUAUGAAACUGUACAGUUUUGUAUUUCAGUAUUUUGCUACAGAUCUGUUUAAUAGUAUUGCAAUUACUUUGGUAAAUAAAUGCUAUUGCAGAAAAAAA